AUGUCCACUCCUUCCAAUCUUCAACUUUCUCCAGAAUCUCAAACCUCCGAUGUUUUUUUACAGGAGCGAGAUCAAAGUAUACCUCAACAAUCUACAAUCACACGAGAAUCAACCGAACAUAGCCUAGAAACUCCAUCACAAAAGAAAAUACUCACAUACAUACCCAUUCCUCGACCUGAUAGACUGACUCAACUUACUUACCCCAUAGGGACUUCCAGUUUGUUGAAUGAUCGAUACGUUUUAUACGGUGCCAUACCAGAUGGACCGACUGAAGCUCGGACCAGAGGGUUGGAGGUGGUUUUUGACAAACCGGUCGAUUUGUUCGGUACGGGUUUUAUGGUAGACGAGGCUUGGGUGAGUGGACCGGAUUUAGGAAGGUUGUUCGACCCUCAUCAAAUGGACGAUGAGAGAGUCAACCUGACGACGAACGAUGAUACGAUAGGAGGAGAAACGACACAAGGUGGAAUACAUUCGACAAUGCCAGAGAGUGAUGUGAUGGAAGGAAUACUACCAGAAGAAACUCUCAACCCAUCAAUGACGAUCACUAGUGUCAUGGAUGGAGUUGUUCCCACUGUUGCUGAAGGCAUUGGUGUAGAUUCUCUUACUACCCAAGGAGAACAUGGAGUCGAUGGAGCUGGAACUAAUCUAGGAGAAGCGAUAACGACAGAAACGACAGUAGGGCAGAUGAGCGAGACUAACGCAAGAGAUACAAGAACGAAUAAAAGUAUUCAACUUUACGUAGAUGGAUGGAAAUACGAAAAACCACUUGUGGAUAUGAAACGACAAGAACCAGUUUAUCAACAUCAAUAUGUUUUAAAUCGAGGAAUGAUUCAUCUAGAUCCCACAAGUAUUUCCAUUUCUCCCUAUACUUCCAAUCUUGAUAAUCAAACAUUUCCAACCGACCCAACAAACAUUCUCUCAUUCCAAGCUCGAACUAUGUCUCCUUCCCCGAUUCUAAGUUUGAAAGGUACGAUAGACACACGAUUUCAACUCGUUCAUAUCUUUCCCUCACCCAUAGGACUAGUAGAUCAAAUCCAACCUGUCGAACCAGCUUUAUUACAUCUCGAACCGGAAACUACAAAAUUGAUCGAACAACAAGAACAAGCUUUGUCUCGAUGGCCAUUGGUAGAUAAAUCAGAAGAAGUUUAUCCUGGUUUGAGAUGUGAAGAUUCAGGAGUUAAAAGUGAUGAACAUUGGAUUAGUUGGAAAGGAGAUAUCACGAGAAGAUGGUUAUAUGACGAAAAGAGUUAUAUUCCAACUUGGUUAAAAGGAAAGAAAUAUGAUGUGAUGGCUACAAGACCUUGUUAUGGUGCUUUGUAUGAAGGAUGGACUUUAUGUUCUAUUGAAGAUGAUAAAUCUGUUCAUCCUAAUCUAUCUAUCCAGCAUUCUCAAAAUGAUCAAUCUAUACAAACGGAUCAUUCAAUACAAGAUACCUCUUCAACAAAGAACGACACGACCAAAUCGACCAUGAAGACAAAAACGAAAAGUAAAAAGACACAAGUUGGAAAAAGAACAAAAUUAAGAUCAGAUUGGUUAUCAUUAGAUAAAGAUGCCGCUAUACAUUCGACGAAAUUAAUAAUCAAUAAUGAGAAUGGAGAACAAGGUGAAAUAUUCGUUUCGUUUCAAGGGGCUGAAUACGAUUAUGAUAAAGAAUCUUAUCGUGCUUUAGUUGAUAUUUCUUCUGUUGUGGUUCCAUCACCAGAAACAGAUUCUUCCAAACAAGAUGGACACGUUUCUGAAGAAAAGGAAACACUCACUUCUUUGAUAGAAGGUGGAGAAUAUAUAAUGGAAAGUAAGACAAACAUUCAUUAUAUCAUACGUGAUAUUAAAUCAUGGAGGACAUGUCAUACCCCUGAAACAUUUCAAAUUCAACUUCGUUCAACAUCUGAAAUCCGAUCAAAAGAUACACCAUCUCAAUUCGAAUCUCAAUCUCUUUCAUCUCGUGUGAUCUUCCCUCAAUCGGAAACUCAAAUCCCAACGCAAGUUUUAAGAUUUAGAGAAGAAGGAAAAGGGAUAUUAGAUAGAAGAGAACAAGGUGAAAUCGUUUUUAAAGGAACAGCUAUUUUGGAUAGGUUAACAGAUAUGGUUUCUACUUCUCCUGGUCAUUGGAUAACUUUUACACGUUCUUGGGAAAAUGAAAAAUCUCAUCAUGCACGUAGAAGUAUGAUUGAAAAAGGUUUCAAGGUGAUCAAGAGUAAGAUGAGAGAAGAAGGUUGUACGAAGAGUCAAAUCGGAUGGAUAGAAGAGGUUGAAUUGAGAACAUUGAGUGAGAUUAUUAUUCCUGCUACUAUGACGGUUUAUCAACCUUUGAGUAUGGUGAAUGUUCAGAUGAGUGGAGGGAAGUGGAAAAGUAAUAGGAAGAGAUUGUUUAGUGAGAAAGGGGAAGGUGAAGAGAGAAAAUCGACAAGAAGACAAGUGGAUGCUUUUUGA